AUGGUUUUCCACAGGCUGCUCCUGCUCACAUCAUCUCUCCUUCUGUUCUCCUCCGAAACAAUAGGCUCUCCAGUCUUACAGCUGCUAGCACCCCAGCCGAGACCGCUCGUUAUCUGGCAUGGACUCGGCGACACGUACGGCUCACCCGGGAUUCUGGAAUUUAUCUCGCUUGUCCAGGAUGUACACCCCGGAAUCUUCGUGCACUCUAUACAUCUGGACACGGACUUGAAGGAGGAUCAAAGGGCCACUUUUUAUGGUAACGUCGACGAACAGGUUGAUCUCGUCUCGGAGCAACUCGCGAAUAUAACUGAGCUUGAAGAGGGUUUUGACGCAAUCGGCUUUUCGCAAGGUGGACAGUUCUUACGCGCAUACGUAGAACGAUACAAUUCCCCACCAGUACACAACCUCAUUACGUUCGGCUCCCAACAUAUGGGUAUUUCGGACAUCCCGGGCUGCCGUCCAUGGGAUCUUGUCUGCCAGCUUGCGCGACGGGCAGCUAUGGGCGGUGUCUAUUCUGAAUGGGCACAGAAGAAUCUCGUACAGGCACAGUACUACCGAGAUCCUGCACGGAUGGAUACAUACCUUUCUUCGAACCACUUCCUCACUUCGAUCAACAACGAGCUUGCAGCUACUGCAAAUAAUACCUACGCCUCAAAUUUAAGCUCCCUCAGCAAGCUCGUGCUCGUGCUCUUCCUCCGUGACGACACUGUCGUUCCCAAGGAGAGCAGCUGGUUUGGCUCCUAUGCCGUGCCGGACGACAAAGCACUUCACAAUGUGGCUGAUAAGACGAUCGUGCCGAUGCGCUUGCAACCACUAUACCUGCAGGACUGGAUUGGGCUUCGCGCGCUUGAUGAGCGUGGCGAUGUCCUCCUCGAAACGUGUCCGGGUGAGCAUAUGCAGGUGACGAGAGACUGCUGGGAGCCGCUUGUCAAACGGUUCGUUGGUGGUGCGACCACUAAAUACGUGGUUCCCGACCGGGAGGUGCUACUUGUGCAGCGGUGA